AUGGCGUUUUUGCACGGGGUAUUGGAGAGUGUUAAAGAUGAUGAGAGUGUUAAAACGUAUGAUAAAGAUGUUCAAGCCCCUAAAAUAGGUACCGGGCCGGAAGACUUCGAGAAGACAUUAGCCGACGUGAGCUGGUGGAUUGCAAAAUAUCAUGGCGAGUUGCAGACCAAAACAGCUGGAGUGACAGACGCAUUAGGUGAUUAUUAUAAGGAAGUUGCAGGGCAAGGACGUCAGAAGCUUCAAGUGCAACUGGACAAGUGGAAGGGGACGACGGAGAAGAUUGAGAAUGAACUUGAUAAUAUAGAAAAACAACAAAUUAAUGUAUUAGAUAGAUGUUUAAAACACAAAAUAAAGCGUGAGAUGCAUGAUGUUAGAGGUGCGCUAUGGUUGUUGAAACAGUCGGCGGAGGAAAAGGCAUAUAAGGCUAAGGUGAAACAGGUGGAUGAAGAACUGCUUAAGCAGGAAAAAACGGUUAGAGACACAUUAGAUAAUGGAUUUGGAAAUAUUGAUCAAAAAUUGGCGACGUUGCAAGCAGUUAAAAAAGAGAAGUUCAGGCAUAUUAGUGUUGCUAUUGCACUCAUCAAAAGUCAGAUGGACAUGUUUAACUGGGAGUAUUCUGACAAACUUCAAGAAUAUUUUAAUGAAAUAAACAAAGAACUAUUAGACCUGGACCCGAAGAACACGAACACUGGUGGCGACGGCUCAGAAAAUUCGAAGUUUUGGAAGGAUGUUGACAACAUACGAAGUAAGUUGGGAGACAUUAAUAACAAGCUUGGCCACUAUGUUGGAGAACUUGAAAAUUGGACUAGGAACACUAACGAAGACAUCGAAUUUGCGGAGAAGCAAGUCAUGAAGAUUAUUAAGACAGCAGUUGGAAUGGAUAGGCAAGAGACCAUUAAGCAGAAGGCGGAGGAGAUGGAAGAGUGGACAGAAAAGCUACAGAAUCAUAUUGAAGAUCUGAAAAACGAAAUAAAACAGAAGGUCACAGAGACUAGACAGAAGAUCAAGGAGUUGGACAGCAAAUGUAAAGAUGAUUUGAAGGGAUUAAGGGACGAAAUUAAAAUUGUGAUUGGCCAAUACAUGGGUAAAUUAUAUUUAGCUGCUAAGGAAGGUAAGACUGGCGAUCUUGGCGCUCUUGUGUCCAAAUUGGGCACUACAAGUAGAUUGAGAGGCUGGCUUGAGGCGGUACAGAAUGGUAAAGUAAGUGGUAUCACUAUGAAUGCCGACAAGACUGUUAUUCCCUACGUUCUCCAAGCCCUUACUAACUCAGCAAACGCAGAUAACGGUCUAGCCAGUGGUAUGACAGCGUAUACGGCCAUCGUUCAAGAUCUUCAAACAAGCAUUGGAACUCGAUUCCUUGGGGCUGACAAGAAAACUGAUUAUGUCGGUAAUGUCAUGAAACACUAUAACAAAUACAUUCAUGGUGACAUUGACGAUGCCCUCACCGCCAUAGCAGGCAAGACAACAGUCAUUAACGCAGAUGGAACGAAGCAAGAACUCCAACGAUGGUCCGAAGCGAUUAAGGAGAAUAUCGAGAAGCUUACUAAGGCCUUUUCCGACAAAGGAAAAGACGUCAUUUUGAAUUUUCAUCAUUUGAAAACGCAUCAGAUAGAUGACCAACUCAACAAGAUUCUAAUAAAAAUCGACAAGCUACAACGUGAAACGUUGUCUGGUGUAUACGGAGAUGACAUGAGUUCCAUCCUCGGCAAAAUAAAGCAACUUGAAACCGUGCUCACCACCGUUGAAGACCAAAGGAGGAAAGCAGUCAAACUAAUGGAUUCUUUGAGAAAUGAACUUAACGCGAAGCUUUCAGAUAUAGAGAAAGCAGUCGCAAAUGCAAGUGAGGCGUUGGACAACGCUAUUAGUGGACUCCACAGCGCACUACAAAACGCGUAUAAAAAUUCUCAACAAGCCGUCACUAACGCAUUCGAAGCCCUCACCACGGAGGUUCAAUGUCUAUUCGCAGAGCAAAAACUAGCCGACCUGUCGGCUUUGAAAGUUUUAGUAGAAAGGCAGCUUAGGCAGAUUAAGGACAUUAUUCUAGAGGAUAAAAAUACCGGUGCAAAAGGCUUCUUAAGCAAGAUGAAAGAUGAUUUCAUCGAUCCACUCAUUAAGUUUUUAAACACUUCACCUCUACAAAAAAACAAACUUGCUCACUUGGCCAAAAAAGUGAACGAAUAUUUCGCGACAUUCUUCACAGACCUGCAAAAACAGACAGACUUCCGCUUCGACUACCAGAAUGUGGAGACUUUCAAGGCCACUCUAACCAAAUUGCUCAAGCAGCUUGGAGACUCUCAGCACUUUGACCAUCAUUUCAGCGACAACCUAAAUGCACUUCAAACUACGCUUGCCCAAACCGUUCCUCACAAAUUCGGCGAAGCCUCUACAACGCUGCUGCAGAGCCUCAAGGAAGGAAUUGAUGCGUUGGCAGAUCAACUGGAAAAGGCGUAUGUUAACAAGUAUUCCGGCGAAGACUGGAAGAAGAAUCACGCAGACAAGUACGCUAAAAUUAUGCUUACCUCUACGUCAACGCUUUAUGAGGAACUUUAUCACUUGUUCUACAGUUGCCACAAAGACUGGAGCAAACUGAAAAUUGACGGCAGCGAGAAAGCGACGAAGCAUAUAGGAGACUUUAAAAAAUAUUUGGAGAGUCAAGGCUACCAGGCUGCAUCCCUCAUUAACAAAAAUCACACAGGUCAGGAAGUCGCCGAGAAGCUGAAGACGGCGUUUUCAAAUUACGACGAUUUCGACACCCCUUCGGAUCUCAGGUAUUCUGACGUCGGUACAUACCUUAAUUCCAUUAGGCGAGAAUGGGGACCGAUGUCCCUGCUCUACCGUCACUUAGCCACUUACUACAGUGUCUGUCACACUAGAAUUCCUACUGCCCCUAAAUCUCCAUGCACCAUUCGUGAUAUGCUUGGUUGGAUGUGCGGACUCCCGUACACUGCAGUCUAUCAUAGCAUUAAGACACAUUGUAACACAAUGCUCAACGAGAAAAUAAAUGGCACAGAUAAAUACCCGAAUAAGGAGGAUCCUGUUCUUAGACCAAUCCUUGAAACCGGUAUUGUUAAAUACAUAGCGCACACCUGUCAAUACUCUUACGAAACCCUCACUACCAUCUGCGGUAACGGCCACGGUGCCCCAACUGCCGACUAUCCUUACGCCUCUAAUUUCUGUGAUAAUUCACGUAACUUUUACUAUCCUCAAAGAGCUUCUGAGUUGUUCGAUAUGUUAAAUGCAAUAUGUCCGCGUUUGCUACGUGCUCUAUAUUCUUUGUAUUCGCAGUGUAGAUACACCGUAGCCGAUGGCAACGGUUGGCGUGACUGCCAAUACGGCGGCAAAGUUUCCGGUUACCAGUGGGACUGCAAGAAGUCAGUCGACAAACCUAUGUGCCAAGCAAACACCGAACCAAAGUGCCAGGCAAAGUGCCAACCAAAUGACCAAACAACUUGUUAUCCAAAAUCACCUCUACAGGCUCACCUAAUGGACGGGUUACCAGGCCACUUGCCUCACAAACUAUCCUCUGUUGGCUGCACAUCCAAGUGUUCGACAUGCCCUAAGCAGUCACCUGGCAUGGUAUGUUUGACGCCUAUGGGCUUCUGGGAUUUGACUCAUGCCGGAUCCAAGAAUGGUACGGGCAAAGAUAUAUGCAAUGUGCUUUCCGAAUUUUGCGGUAAUGCAGACUCGCCGCUACCUACGCUGCUUAAUUAUUUGAUGCAAGUAUCACCGAUGCCGCCUAAAUCUCUGGCAGAUCAAUUCUCAUUCUUCACCAAUAUCUUCAGACAGUGGUCAUCUGGCAGGUUUUCUACCAGCGACAGAUUGGUGAACCAUAUGAAUACGAAAAUAAUUCCUGCAAUGUCCAUGAAGCUGUAUGCCGAUGAAGCCACAAAUUUCACUAACCAAUUAAAAUCAUUAUCUGGUCCAACGUCUGAUCACCCUGUAACGAAAACUGACAAGUCCACUCACUGUGACUUGUAUAGCCUCUGCACGCAAAUCACUUUGCAUCCAGCAGACAGAUGUUCUGUUCCUAACGGCCAAUGCGCUCCCUACCUCAAACCUCUCUGUGCUGAUGCGCAUCACACAUAUGCUACCAAGCACGCAAAUCUUUAUCUGUCAUGGCUCACUUAUUUGCCUUUUGAUUUUUACAAUCUUCUCAAAUCAUUGUUUGAAGCCUUCUGCAAUAUCGACUGCAAAGCCGGUGGAUGCUCGGCAUGUAAUUGCGCAGUAGGAAAACAUGGACUCCAAUUCCAGUGUACCUGCAAGAGUUAUGUGCAGUGCCAUGGCGUACGCAUGAUACUAAACAACUAUGGAUUCACAUUUGGUGAUUCCAAAACUCUAAUGGCGAAUCCAGACAAAAGGUUCUGCCAUAAUUUCUAUGGUAAACUUAAAGCCGUCAUCGAAUCGGAACAUUUCAAAACACUAUUGCAAAAAUGCGAUGACGUCCUCUACUACAUAAGAUCACCGUUCAUGAAUACGUUGCUAGCCCUCUGGUCGCUGUCGCUCCUCUACCUGCUGCACAUCGCCGUCGUCCGCCUCGACGUCCUGAGGAUACGCUCCCACCUGAGAUCACCCGCAAGCCACCGCAUCGCCGCGCAGUCCCUCCUCGCCGCCGCACGCGUCAGGGCACUCGCCAACGUCAAACAAAGCGCCUUGGAUGAUAUUGAUGCCCGCCGCAUCUCUCUUGGUCAGCUUGCUGGACAGCUUUCGGGAUUUAUUGGCGGUGGAAAUGAAGUCAAAAAUGCUCUUGUAAAGGGUUUGCAGAGUAAUGUAAAUGAGCUUAUUAAGCGUUUACAAACAUCUUGCGGAGAUGAGGGGUGUUGUAAGUAUGUUGAAAAAAACCAGCUUAAUGAAGUCAAUGAUAAACUUAAAAAACACCUUAAAGAUGAUCAAAAUCCCUCUGUAAAUCUUGCCGACAUCCUUACUAAGUGCAAGUUAAAUCCAUCUGAUGGUCCCUUAAAUAAGCUUAAUGAUGAAAUUCCUAAAAAAAUUCAGGGGCUUGAAAAUGAAAUUGAAAGCCUUAAUAACGCUGAUAAAGAGCGUAUAAAACGUAAUGAAACUCCUCAAAAUGCCUCUGAAAUUGCAAAGCUUAAUAAGGAUCUUCAGUCUCAUCAGGCAUCCAUGAAGUCUCUUGAGACACUGAAUCAGCUUUGUGGAUAUGCUGAUUCACUUAGUAAAAUUCAACAAGAUGAGAAUCCUUCAACAACAUUAUUAAAUAACCUCUGUGGAGGCCUCGAAAAAUUUCUCGGCUACCAGAAUGGUAAUUACACUGGCUCCGGCAUCGUGUACUCGGACCUUGACAGGCUCUGCGACGGGGUGAUGGCGUUCUUGCAUUCCGUUCUCAAAGAUGUCCACGAUAAACAGCCUUACAGUGUUGGUAAAGAAACACAAUUAAAAGGUGUUGUGAAGCUUUUGAAAGAUAAAUUAUGUUCAGGUCAUAAUGGUUUUAAGAGUGUCAUUGGCCAGGUGGCGCAGGGUGUCCGGGAGUAUAAUAGGGAAGUGGAGAGAUCUAAUGAGAGUGUCAAGGAGAAGAUAGAAGAGAUGCAGAAGAAUAUGAAGACUCUUCAAAGCCAGGUGAGUGGAAUUUUAAAGGAUCAUUCUGAUGCAGGUACGCUGAAUAAUUUCACGCCGGAGGAAGUCGAGAAGGUUGAAGCUGCUGUGACCACGGCCGAGAACUUAGCGAACGAAUAUGCCAAGAAAAGCGAUAAUUUCAAUGGCAGCUUUGAUGAUAGAAUACCACAGCGCAGAGGCUUUAAAGCUGAGCGCAAGCAAGAAUUCAAAGACUUGAAUUCUACAUUACGUGACAAAAUCGAUAGUGCCAUAGAGAACAUUUCACAUGAGACUGACAGGCUUAAGACGUUGACCAAAAGGCAGAAAGAUAACCUGGAUGCGAUGACAGGUAAAAUUGCUGGUGCAUUUCGAUCACUCAUAAGAUGUGUGAAUGAUGAAAUUAGAAUCAAAGUCAAUAAGCUUGUCGAGGAUUUGAAUAAAAAGGUUUCAGAGAUCUUGAAAUUGCUUAAGAGCAUUAGUGCUACGCUUUGGAACUAUGUUGGAAAACUGGCGGAGUGGAUGAAGGAGGCUGAGAAAGUUGUGGAUAAGGCAAUAACGAACGUAAAAGGAGUUGCGGAUAAGGGUCUUGCAUGGCCAAAAGAUGAUGAGCUUAAGCAGAAGGCUAAGGAUUUGGGACUAAAAGCUGAAUAUGUUUACAAGCAAUUUGAGAAUGCGAAUAAUCAAGUUGGUACGUCCGUUGAGUCAGCAAAAAAAGAUAAAGUCAACGAGCUAACAAAAUGGAAAGACGCGGCGGACGCUGUGAUCGUGAAGGCGCAGGGGAAGUGUGGAGAUAUUUUGGAGAAAGUUAAGACAGAAAAAAGUAAGGACGGUGAAAUUCACAAGGAAGCAGAGAAAUUAAAAGAAAAGGCCACGGACCUUUUGACCGCUUACCAGUCGACACAUGAAAAAGUUACGGGUUUGGGACAGAAAGUCACAGAGGCCAUUGAAGACUUAGAAAAAGGCAUGAAAGAUGAUUUGCAGAGGCUGCAAAAGGAUAUUGUUAGUAAGAUGAAGGAGCAUGUUGGCAGUAUGCUUGGUGAUAUUAAGGGGAGAGUGGAGAGCAUUAAGGGGGAGGGAAGUAAAAACACAGGGUUGGAGGGGAUCGUUCAAGGACUGGCGCAAUACGUCACAGAGUUUGGCACUAGUAAGAAGUUAGAGACGGCGAUUAAGGAUAUGGUUGGGAGGAUUGUGAAAAGCAGCGGAAUUCGUGCAUAUUUGGAUUAUUAUGCUAAGAAUACUAAGAAGGAGCUGCAUGAUGUCAAACAGAAAAUCAUUACAGAACUACCAAAAUUGAUUCAACAGGCUAUUUCGGAGUCUGCUCAAAAGGCCGGCAUCAAUGGUGAACUGGACCUAACUAGAAUAGAGAGUCAGUUUGCUAAUCUCGCUCAGAACAUUCAGAAUAAGGAGCUCACUAUGACGCCCACCCUAAUGGAGGGGGAUCUUGAAGGCAAAUUAGGGCUGAAGCCAUCCACGCCUCAAACACAUAACUACAGAUCGCAUCUUCAGCAUCCAGUAAACAUAAUAUCAAUGGCCGUAUUCAGCGCAAUUUCAAACGCCGCCAAGGAACUGCAGACAUUGAUCGAAACGUCAAACAUUAAGAAUCUUAAGGAGGCGUCGGAAAAUGCUAACAAGCUUCACAGUAGUCUCACCACGGCGCAUGAACAGACGGGGGACGGUGCUAACCCAGGAGCCCAUAACGGUGACUCUCUUGCCAAAAAAGUUGAUGAGAUUCAGCAACAGGUUAAGACAGCAAUGAAGGAUACAAGUGGUGAAAUAAAUGUUGAAGACGUCAUGUCGACAUAUAAGCAAAAGAAAGGUAAUGACGGGGGAGGGGAGCAUAAAUAUCACAACUUGCUCCAUAAAGACAUUCCCAAAGCCAUGAGCGCUUUCAAGAAGAUGAAGGCUUUCAAUAGCGAAGACCCACUUGACUCCGGCACAGUCUCUAAAGCCACCACAGCAGUCACCAAGCACUUCACCACCAUCGAACAAGAGCUCCAAGCCAUCGCCCACUACGUCGAUAAGGAUAAGCCGGCGCCGAAACUGCAGCUGCCAGAUGAAGAUGGCCUCACGCAAUUGUUGACUACGUUGAAAACCACUGCUCUUAGUCAAAAUGAUAACACUUGGGGAGACGGCGAUAAGACAUCUACCAAAGGCCUCUUGAAGAUCAAGGCGGAGAUUGAGGGGGCGCUCGAAGGGAUUAAGACCAGGGCAGCAGAUGACUUCAGAUUUGCGAGCGAAGCUGCAGAGACUGGGAAAAUAUUCAGCAAAUUAUCCGAGCAGAUCACCAAGAAUCUCACGGGGAUAUUAGAUGCGUUCGCUGAGAAAGGCAAAACAGUGAAAGAAACCUUAGAAGGUUUGAAGAAUAGUAAAAUCAGUAGGACGUAUCUCGGUGGCGCCAAAGCUGUGGAAGGCACUCUGCAAAAAAUCUACGACGAUCUCGUCACCUUGCUUCGUGAGAAAUUGGAGCCUGUCGUCAACUUGGCAACGGUCUUCGAAAAGGAAGCCAAACAACUACGUGAUUCAACCAUCAGUGCGCUGGACAGACAUGUAGAGCAGCAAGCUAACACCGCCCAAGACCAACUCAUCACCCUUGCCAACAAAAAUUACGUGACGUCAGUCAAAGAGAUGCUGAAUGCAUUUGCUAGCAGAGUUGAAAAGAUACUGCAGCCUCUGCCUAAGGAUAUCGACACCGACCGCAGGGAGGGCUUCAAGGGUUUUAUGAGAACCUUUGAAGGCACAAUUAACGAAAAUAAUACGACGCAGGAUCACAUUAAUUUGCUCAAAGGUCUUGCAGAUUUGUCAGUUGAGUCAGCCAAAGAGAAAGCAAAACUCUUCAAAACUUUAUCUGCAGAAUUCCAAAAAUGGUACAAUCACAUCAACACGUAUAUCCUCGGUGAAACCAAAAGGGAGCACACUGAAAACGUGAAGAAGAGAAAUCCCCCAGUCCAGGUCACCGAAAAGGAUCCACAUCCCUGUGUAGAGCACCUCAGCACUAUGAAAAGCAAAUUAGACAAUUUACUUAAUCAUCUUAGUGAUCAUGAUAAUGCGAGUAGAAAAUACAUUUUUGACACCACCUUCCAAGAACAUCUCUCCGCCCUCCACGCCCUGCUCUCCACCAUCCGCCCCGCUUCGUACUCCGCCCCCACCAAUCCCCUACUAGACAUCCUAAAAUAUGGCCUUCAGGAUUUCCUUAAGCAACUCAGCUACGCCUACGUUAACGUGUAUGACGGUGUAACAUUUAAGCAGUUGACAGAACAAAAGAAAAUUAUUGGUGCUGAUACACAAGCGAAAACGUCUGAAACCCAGUUAUCCACCGAGGGCCGCAACUGCGCUAAGAUCUGCCUUACCGUAUUUGACAUUCUCAGCGAUAAGUGGGACGAGAUGAAAUCAUCAUGUGGUUCACAUGGAGACAAACAAAUUCAUGUAGGAAUGGUUAAUAAGCCUGGCGGAAUAACAGCAAAGGGGCAGACAGAAAAAAUCAAAAAUCCACUUGGAAUAUACUUCGAGCAAUUAGGAUACAAGGUGUCCGCCGAUGAAGGUAAACAGGAUGGUGAAUUAAAGACUCACAGUGACAAGAACGGCAGCGCAAUUAAUACUUUAUGUGAAAAGGAAAUUGAUAUUUCAAACACUGGUCUCCUAGACGUCUUGAAAAGGCUUGAUUUAGGCAUUACCCAUAAGAGCAUAAAACUUAACAAACUAGUUAAUUACCUUUACCAUAUACUCGACAAGUACCGCCACGCAUGCCAUCUACGUCAUAUCCCAGGCGCCAAGCCUCCUACCAACAUAUGCCAAAUGCUAUAUUGGCUCUCCGCAAUCCAGUGGAACCCGAUGUACAAUGAAUUGCGAUUGCACUUCGACACAUGGUUUAAGGCAUCAACUAAUGACUAUAAAUUAUCAAGCGAUUCGUUUGACGUCGCCGCGCCAUAUAGGGACGCCUGGACGAUGAAAGCAACCGUCAGCAUUAAAAACAUUAAAGACUUAUUCAACACUGUAACCCUGCGCUCAUAUGAAAUAUUACGUGCUUUCGUAGGCCAUGGCCAUGCUGACGGCCGUUAUGCCUGCGAAUUUUAUACCAACCCAGACAAUUUGGAAUAUCCUAAUGACAUCAGUAAAUGUUUUGAUAUGCUCGUAGAUAUAUGUUUAAGACUUAAUUACCAACUUCAUUUCCUAUAUACACAGUGCUGCAAUGGUCCUGAUAGUAGCGGCUGGCGUGAUUGCCAUUACGGCAGGCACGUCGGUGGGUCCAACUGGAGCUGUAAUAAGCUCCAAUGCCCUGGCCAACAGGGUGACCAAAGUGCCAACCAAAUAGCUAACCAAACGUGUGAACAACACCCUAAGUGCUGUAUAAAAUCUCCCCUCCAAGCAUAUUUGGAAGACGGUCUUCCAGGCUUCCUCCCACAUACAUUCACUUUGCCCAGUUGUAAGUUAACAUGUUCAGUGCGUGAUCACAGAGGUAUUCCAUGUAUCACACCGAUGGGCUUCACCGAUAUUGGUAUUGCAGCGUCGCAUACAAAAACGGGUGCCCAUCUGAAAUCUCUUCUUCAACCUUUCUGUAGUUCAGCAAGGGAACCACUCACUAUGCUCUGCGCUUUCUUCACGUGUCUUAUUCGUAGGCCUCCUCAGAAUCUUGGUGACAUGUUUGCAUUUUAUUAUAACUUCCUUGAGCAUUGGGGCGGACAUUAUGAUGGUGAUAAAAAAACUGCCAAGGAGCAUAAGCAGGAAGCAUUUCAAAAUGCCGUCACCGCUGCCAACUUUGGACGUCCUUACUACGCACUCUAA